AUGCAGUGGCCGUCAUGGGUGCUCAGUGAGGAAAACCGCGCUCUUCAGCGCAGGGCCCAACGCGCUGCCACUGACUUGAGCGAGAAGAUGGACGAAGCUGCAGCGCAUCGUGAAGUUGUGGAGCUUAUGCUGAGGAAUAUUGGACAGCUGCGGCGUGCCGUCGAUUCUGCUGCGCUUGCUCUUACAGAGCAGAAAAAGUUGGAAGAAAGCGAUGAGGCGGAGCUGCAACAGGUGCGGCAGGAUGGUUCAUACUUCCGCACUGAGCUGCAAACACUGCACCGUCGUCAAGACCAACUUCAAGAGUUAUUGUUGCGGUCCGAAGCGGCACUUAAGUCAAAAACGUUGGCACUUGAGCGGCAACAGCAGGAGUUGGCUUCAGUUCUGCAUGAGCAGGAAGAAUUAUUGCAACAACGAGAAAAUGAGGGGAUCGAUGGGGGGGAAUUUCAAAAGCACCUGAGCGUUUUUGAAGCACAGAACCGUCAGCGCUUCGAUCAACUGCAAGGAGCCUUGCAGAGGGAACAGACCACCUUCAAUGCCGCUAAGGAUCAACUAGACCGUGAGCGAGAGGAGUACAAGCGGGUCCAGCGUGAGCUUGCGGCCAUGAGGGCAAGCAUUGAGCGAGAGAAACGAGAGAAACUGAAGUCCUCCCUUACUAUCCAACAGGUGCACGAACUAAUGAAAUCAACAGAGGCGCGGACGCUUGAGAACGCGGCGUUGUACGCCACUGGCAAGGAGUCGAUGGAGUCGCAGCGAACUAUGUUAAUGAAGCUUCAAUGUGAGGCUGAGGAGCUUGAGAGACAGCGCAAGUUGGUCGACAAACAUCUGCAGGACCGUCUCCGUGAGCAGGACAGAUUAACUGCGUUGUUGAGCAGUACCACAGCUGAAGUGGAGAAUCAACAGAAGGAGAUGGCAAGCAUGCGGCGGCAGCUAUCCGCACAAAGGGAUGUUAAUCGAGAGCUAGCUUUGUCGCGCGAUAACGCUAUAAUGUUGCGUGAUGAGCGUUGGAAUAGACAGGCGCAACUCAUUCACCACGCCCAAGAGCUAAAGGUCGUGCGUGACGAAAUACAAAGGCAACAAAAGGAAGGUACAAACGUUCCGGGGCCGCGCUAUCUUUUACAGACCCUUGACGCUUUGAAAGCUAAUGAGCGGCAGCUUGACGGCCAGAUGGAGCGCCUCCGUGCGGCAAACGUUGCGUGUGUCUCGCAGCUGAUGCAACACGCUAGGCAGGGCGAAUCGCUAGAUGGACGAAUGGCAGCGGUCCGGAAGUCUCUGGCAGCUGCGGAUCGUGACCACGCCCAACAGUGUCAGCUGCGUGAGCAAUGCGAGCGUCAGGCGGAGGCACUAACAUCGAAGGUGGAGGAACAACAGCAGCGUCUCCAGGCGGCCCGUUUGGAAGCAGCUGCUCGCAGUGGGGCGCAAUACGCCAUGCUUUUGGGCAACGCGCAGGACUUACGGGUGCGGCUGCAAGGAGAGCAACGUCGUGGCUAUGAACUGCGGCGUCUCGUCGCACCCCUGCAAUACACCUUGAAUAGCCGCCGUCGUGCAUUGUUGGAGGAUGAAGAGAAGUUGGCGCAUCUGGUUGGUGAGGCAGGACUGCGUGGAGCAGAGCUACAACGACUGGAGUCGGAGAAGGCGCAGUCGCAGCAGGAAAAACAGACAGCGUUACUGCUUGUGGAAGAGGCGAACUUACAGCUACAGACCCUCAAUCGCUUGGCAGAAUCUCGCAUGGUAGCAAGUUGCGAGGCUGCCGGCAUGCAGGAAAUAAUGCGUGGUCAAGCUUUGGCAGCCGAGGAGGCACAUCAGGACGAUGCAAAGAAUGCGUUGCUGCUUCUGCACCUGGAGCAACGUGCUGUUUCAGAUAAGCAUGCGGAGCUGCGUCGUCGACAGCAGCAACUUCAAGCACUGAAAGAUCGUUACCAAGACAUUAUGCGGUCGAUGGCACGAAACGCCGCGCUAGCAGCAAAUGUAAACGUCCGUGCAGGGCAGAAUUCCGAUCCUUCGUCGGUUACAUCGUCGUCACCAUGGGAAUAUAUGGUUGAGAAGGACGAAUCUUUGUUGGCGGACACUAGCGUUGAUCCAGAGGUCCUGCACGCGAAGUUCAUUCUCCACGCGUCAACGACACGUGAGAAACUGUGGGAGAAGGGAAAUCAACUUGAUGCUCGUGUAAUGUUUCUUGAGCAUGAGGUAUCUGCCUUGAGGAAGAUGCUUCACGCUAUGCGCUCCACCGGGUCCCAUCGAGAACGAACUAUAGAGGCAACGUCAUCCAAUUUGCCGAAGCGUUCAGAGCGGCAGAAUCCAAAUGACACGCAGCUUCUUACCUCCCUGCGCGAAGGUUUGACAAGGGGUCAACAAGCGGUGGAGGUUGAGCUGCAAGGUGUUAAGGAGUCACUGCAGCUUUUACAGAAGCGGAUGCAAGAGGUGGGUGAAAAACAUAGAAGUGAGAUGAGACGACUAAGUGAACUGCGGAGUCUGAAAGUAGGCAAAGAGGCACAGCUGCGGCGACUGAGGGAUAAACUGCAACGGCAGCAAACCCAAAAAGUGCAGCAACGUCUUAAACCUCUCUCUGCUUUGUGUGGCCGUUCAGCGUAG